AUGGCAACCGACCACAGCAACGGUCCGCCUGUGGAUGUAACCCACGACGACGGCCCCAACGACCACGCGAAUGAACACACCGGCCAUGCAGACGCCAGCUGGCAGAAUGGAUCAUCGCAAGCACCCAACCCGACAGCACCAGGCCCCAGCGGCCCCUUACCGCCGCCAGCAGGAUAUGCAGACGAGCCCACAAACGGCAGCGAUGAUUGCGGCGAGAUCGUGGCAUCCAAGUUCUUCCCCGCCGAAGAUGAAAACGGAGGACAAUAUCCCCUCUGCGAGACUGAUUACUUCCGACGCCUCGGCCUCCUAUGCCACCAGUGUGGUGGGGCCCUUCGCGGGUCGUACAUAACCGCCCUCGACCACAAGUAUCACGUUGAUCAUUUUACUUGCUCACUCUGUGCGACCGUCUUUGGCGCCCAAGACAGCUACUACGAGCAUGAUGGACACGUCUACUGCCACUACCACUACUCAACCCAGUUUGCCCAACGAUGCAAUGGCUGCCAGACAGCCAUCCUGAAGCAGUUUGUUGAGAUAUUCCGCAAUGGGCAGAACCAGCACUGGCACCCCGAAUGUUACAUGAUACACAAAUUCUGGAACGUACGUCUAGCUCAGCCGACCGAGGUGCCCCAGAUCGAAGAGGCAGAUGUGAGCGAUCUCAUCAGGGACCGCAUUCGUGAGGAUGAAGAACGCAUGGAAGACAAGGUUUUCAGAAUAUGGAGUGUUCUAUCAACGUUCGAAGAGUCAUCUGCCGCGUGCAUAUCUGAUAUGCUGCUUCACGUCAGUAAUGCCUCGUACGUCGACGGUGUGCUGGUUGCGAAGCGUUUCAUCUGGCACGUUGAGAUCCUUUUCCAAGCUGCAGAUAGGCUAGACGCCGCUGUUUCAAAAGAAAGCGAGAAAGCCAUGUCUUAUGGUCGAGAGGCCAAGCUUCUCUGCAAGAAGAUUGUGGCCUUCUUCUCCUUGCUGUCGAAAACGCAGGAUAAUGGAUCGCGGCAGCUGGGUGUUACCCAGGAGCUUCUGUCCCUCGUCACCGGCUUGGCCCACUAUCUCAAGCUGCUCAUUCGCAUUUGCCUCCAGGGAGCGCUACGCUUGGAGCGAGACGCGAGCUCCAGCGAUGGCCUUCACCAGUUUCUGGAUAAUCUGAACGACUUUGAGAGCUACAAGGGCGACGAGGGCCUCCUGCAAGUUACCAUGGGCGGCAAGCGGCUUUCGGCCAAGGACUCGGAUCACUGCGCGCAGUGUGGCAGGUCGGUUGAGGACGAAUGUGCCAAGACUGGCGAUUCGAGAUGGCAUAUUGGAUGUGUCAACUGUUCUCGCUGCCAACGAGAGCUUGGCCGUGCCCUGGAGGAAGCUCACUUCAACGCGCUGGAACGCAAGAUUUACUGCGUCACAUGCAUUGGAGGCAAAACCGACGGCCUCGCGCCCUUUACCCACAUUUCCAAACUUCAACAAUACGUCUUCCUUCUCAAAGUUGCCCUGGCAAGACUGCUAGAUAUUCUGAGAAGCAAUGGCGCCCUAACGUCUGGAGACAUCGGUGCAGACGGCAACUUUGACCCCUCUCGUCAAAAUGCAGGUGCCAGGCCGAGGCAACCAGGCGAUGCAAAUGAUAAAAGCCGUCGUCGCGAGUCAACAUACGAAACGACCCUCAAUGAGGUUCGAAGACUGCGCAGCACACGUCUCGAUCGACACUUGUCAUCUAGCGUCAGACAAGCUCGGACAUCUCGUGUUAUGGAUGCUGAUGGACGAGGUCCCCGUCCUGCAUCUUCUGGAGGAGAGGAUAAGACUCAAGGAUCAACAGACCAAAUGUUUGGGCAAAACGACGCCAUCACAUUGGACGAUAUUUCUCGCAUUGUAGCUGUUGAGCAGUCUCGUGAACAACAACAGCGCCGUGACCGACUACCACCCAGCGAUAUUUCGCGAUCUGGUGCCCCUGACCAAGGCCUCGGCUUAGGCCACUCAAGGACGCAGUCAGUUGGGCCGGAUCUGCAGGCAGCUGACCCUAUGAUGUCUCGAGUUGGCAGGAAAUUCUUCCCCGAACUGUCAGGCCUCGAAUACUUCAAUGUCAGACAUCUUGCCGUCCUGAUUAUGCAUCCCGUGGUCGAAUCAGAAUUCACAUUAGAGGAACUGUUGAGUUUCAUUGAAUCCAGAAAACCGGCCACGUUCUGGAAGAAUCUGGGCAAAGCAUUCAAGAAUGACAAAAGCAAAGGUGUCAAGAAGAAGGGCGUCUUUGGUGUGCCCUUGGAGAUUAUCAUUGAGCGAGAUGGCGCCGACUCAACAGACGGCGUGGGACCUGGCACUCUGCGCAUCCCCGCGGUCGUCGACGACAUUAUCUCAUCUAUGCGCAAGAUGGAUCUCUCCGUUGAAGGCGUGUUCCGUAAAAAUGGCAAUAUCAAGAAGCAACAGGCAAUGGUUGAUAAGAUCAAUGCGGAAGGCUGCGAUACCGUCAAUUUCAUGGAGCAGCCAGUGAUUCAGCUGGCAGCAGUUCUGAAGAGAUACUUACGAGACCUCCCAGAUCCUCUCAUGACCAACAAGCUUUACAAGCUGUGGAUCACCGUUGCCAAGAUACAAGACCCAGCUCGGAAGCUGCAGUGUCUGCACAUGGCCAUGUGUCUCCUUCCCAAGAGUCAUCGUGAUUGUUUGGAAAUUCUUCUCACAUUCCUCAAAUGGGCCGGCACUUUCCACCAACUGGACGAAGAGGUCGGGUCCAAGAUGGACGUUCCCGACGAGAUUCUUACACUGCUAAACGACCCCUAUCUUUUCAGCAACAAUGGCGAAAUCUCAACCAAAGAGAUUAUGAAACGCUACCAAGAUAUCAGAGGACAAGCCCCUGCCGAGCCGAGCGAGGUCUACAAUCGGCAAGAGAGCUCGACCCGUUCGCCACCGAAGCGAGGCGAAACGGAUCCGUCCGUCUGGCAGGGCGAGAGGUCAGUCCGGCCGAUGCAGGACAACCCUCCUCCCCCGCCAAAUUCCACUACGCCGGUGCCACCGCCGCGGUUCAGGCCCCCAGAAGACCAGCCCUCUCCCUAUGAUGCCAAUCAAAUUGAUCAACCCAAUCCCCAUGGGGAGAACCCUGAUCACAAUCAGCGGGGAGAGUGGCGGAAUUCUGGCGUUUGGGGCCGCCAAGGCGGUGGGGUAGGUGUUGGCGAGCCUUUUUGA